AGGUGACUUGAAGACAAUUCCGUGGAAGAGAGGUGAUUUAUUAGCAGUGCAAGAUGGAAGUUCCAUAUAUGCUGCUCUUUUUUCUGAUGUUUCUUUUACGUCUCCAAGGUGAGUCCUUUUGUUUAUUCUUAUUCAUAUGUUUAAACUUUUGCUGACAAUGGUUGCAACUUAAGAAAAAUCACAAGGCCAGAAUUCGAAAUUGGAACUAGUCUUCUGUGAAUAUCAAACACCUCCCAUUUUCGGAAGUCGCUGAAAUAACAAACUCAUAAAGGAAAUUUACUAUUAUCAAAACUCUCUGUCAUGACUUAUUUUGCUACUAUUGACAACAACAACAAAUCAAGCCACAUUUCUAACAUCUUUAGAGGAAAUCUUCCAAAAUCAUGUGAUAAUGACAUUUUUUCUUCUCUCAGGGCAUAACAGAGGCUCAGUAGAACCAAACGUGAUAGUUUUUUUAGUUUUCUGAAUUCCACUGCGUAUUUAUACUGAGGCGACAAUUAAAAAAAAGACUGCUUUGUGCGGAAACUCAGGAACAUUUCGCCAGUUAUAGAAAGAGACAUAUUCAUUUAAUUAAGGCCGCUGUUAAGUAGAGUUUAAUCAAAACUGUCAGGUGCCAAAUAUGUUCUCGAGGGAACGACCUAAAUAUCUCGUUCGAGAGAGAGAAAGUUUGACUGAAGUACUAAACAAUGGUUAGAGAGGGACACCAAGAGGCAAGUGAAGAUUCUAUCACUUGUCAAACGUGCUUUACGGACUCAGCUUUGAGCUCGAUAGGAAGACAUUCUUGAGAGCUAAGAUGCUUUUCUCAUGUAAAAUCAAUCUAUGAGGCAAAUCUAAAGACAUAAACGUAAAUGUGUUCUCUUUGACUUGACCUUCUCAUUUCUCUUUUUUUCUUCCGUUUCUUGUCGAGAAGAUGCAGUUUCGCUCCUAUCUCAGCUGCAACUUAUUAUUUCGUCGUUUUCACCGAAAAAGAAAGUGUGGUAUAGAUACCUUGGUGUGAUUAUCCGAGUUUCACGUUUCGCUAACAUAUUGCAGUACGACUCCUUUUAAUUCUUCAUUCUGUUUUUUUUCCUACUUAUAUAAGCCCUUUUGAUAUUCCAAGCUCAAAUACCAGAGGUAAUUGUAAUUGGAACGCGACCGUUUUCAUUCGACAGUACUUUCAUAUUUGCGCAUGAUAUAUGGGUUUUUUGAAAAAAAAAAGUAUGUCAUCACUUAUGAUGAGCUUUUAAAAUUAACAACAAAAUAUUGCGUGCUUAUCUACUCCACCAACGAUAGCAUCAUUAUUUCGGCAUUUCCGAGUGUAUUUUUGCAAGAAUUGAAUGUUAAAACUUUUUCUAUUUGUCAUAAAAUUAGUAAUUUAGAACUUAUCUUUGAAGUUCGAAAACACGUUUUUCUAAUUUUUCUCCUAUUAAUUGAUGCAUAUCAAGGGAGGUGUUAUAGCACCGUUUGGAAGCCAUUAUGUAUGGUCGUGACCACGAUCCAAGGCUUCAUAUUUGGAUAGUUAUUAACGUAAUAAACAACAGAAAUCAAUAAUUUGGAAUUAACCGGAAGCUUUCACCUGUAUCGUACCUCGUCGAAACGUCAAUUCAGAAUCAUUCUGCUCGAUCCGUUAAAAAUUUCAAGGAAUGACGUUAAAACUUAUUUGUAUGCAAUACAUAACAAAGGAGAUAAAACGUCAGUCAUAAUGACAAAUAUUUGCUAUGAGGUAUUUGAAAAGUAUGCAGCCUGUUACAGGUUUUAGUUAUACGACGGUUUGUAACUGUUUGAGAGAAACUUAAUUGAGGAUGGAAAUCACUGAAUAGGAAUGAUUGGGAACCAGCCAUCUCUUUUCCUUUUUCUUAAACUUUUUUUGGCGUUACUUUUCGCUCUGCACACUACUCGGAUGGCUGGAACAAGUUAAAGAAAAUAUGUGAAAUGUGAAGGCAAAUGUUGAAAACAGAUGUUUAUGAACGAUUUAAGAGUUUGCCUCACGCAGACGCUAUCUCUUAUGAGUCCUUCUUAAAAGGACUGGGACUAGGGUCUUAAGGGUUUUGAAAUUAUUUGGUCCCGAUUUUCCAGUUAGGAAACUAGCUUUUUCUCAGGUAAUUUAGUGUUAACAACUGAGUUGAAAACGUAAAUUGGCCACCGUAAAGAGUUAAAAGGCUGACGUUUCGAGCGUUAGCCCUUCGUCAGAGCGAUUGAGGAAGGGCUAACGCUCGAAACGUCAGCUUCUUCACUCUUUAAGGUGGCCAAUUUACGUUUUCAUCUCAGUUGUUAACACUAAAUUACCUGCUAUACUCUACCACCGACGCGGCACCACAGUUUCUUUAGAAAAUUGCUCCCUUUUUUCAUUAGCUUUUCUCAGUUCUUGAGACUUUUCUUUGAUCAAUUAGAUUUUGCUAAUUAGACCGUGUAAUACUCGGCUGACAAUCAUCUUACAGAAUCUGGCAAUGGUUCCGCUGGGGUGUCAGUCUUUUUCAAUACAAACAUCACCCGAAUUAUCAAAGUUACACAAUCUAUUGUAACUCUCGAGUAAACAUUAUUUACGUAACAUACAUUAUAGCUAACAUAUAUUUAAUGAAGUGGAAGUGGCUUGGUAGGGUUGAUAUUUACGGCGAGCCACCGACACUGAAGUGAAUACUAAUUUCAGUAUAUACUAAAACAGUGAGAUAAUAUGGCACAAAAGUAUGAUUUAAACUCAUUCGUUCUUGCAACGAUUGCAAUAUUUUCGGGGGCAAAUCCCACGCACGUCGCUCGGAGGUUAACGGUAAGGAUAUCCGGAGAUUUGAGUUGCCAAUCACGGCGCGCCUUCAACGCUAUCCACGGUUCCGUUAUAUACUAAAGUGCAUUAAUUGCAAAAAUUACUCCUUUCCCUCGCUUCUGUAUUAUGUAUGCAUAAUCAUUAGUCUCUUUGAUAUUUCAUACACAGAUGCAACCGGUGACACGUCGGGAAUUACAACAAGAGAAGGAAGAAAUAUCACUCUACCAUGUAAGACAUCUAACGGCCAGUCUGGACUUUGGUACAAGACUGUUUGGUAUAAAGGCUCAGAGAAAGUUAUUUCUAUUAUAAAUGGAGGCCACUUUAUGAUAUACUCUCAAAGGAAAUACCCAAUAACUGUACUAGACAAGGAAUCCAUUCGCCUUGUCUAUGUUGAUCGUUAUGAUCACGGAAAUUAUUCAUGCAGAGCGCUGUAUAUAGAUGGAGAUGCAUUCGAAAACGUCCAGCAAAACAUCACUCUUCUUGUGAAAGGUUAGUUCCUUUAUUUAAUGAGUUAACUGCUCGACAUGAUAUCGCGACAGUUUCGCCUCGGAUUAGCUGAGUGUUUGGCACAAGUUACUCGUCCAAUCAGAGUGUAGUGAAGCAAAGGCAAUGAAAUUCCAGACUACAAUGGAGAUUCAAGCCAAUUGGGAGCUGGUCAUUAUGUUGGUUCCAUAUAAUCCAGUUGGCUUGUUAGUUCAUUUGGUAGAGCACUGAAUCGGUAUAGCAGAGGUCAUGGGUUCAAAUCCCGUACGGGCCAGAAUUUUUUUCAGGCCUUAUUUUUCACUACUGCUCAAGUAGUGCUUACUACUGCGAAGAUCGCUUUCAUAUUCACGUCUUUAUCCGCAGUUCACAGAUAUGAUUUUCAUACAUUCACAGUCAAUGGAGAUUUAUUUUAACAUGUUAGCGGUAUCUUUCAGCCCGUCCACUGUUAAGCAGCCAAAGCCCAACGAUACAAAACCUGACCCAAAAUGCAUCAAAGCUAGACUUCGUGCUUGACUGCUCCGUCAAUGCAUUCCCUAAAGCUGACGUCGUGUGGCAGAAAAUGGAUGGACAGCUGCCAGACGGCAGGGCCAAACAGGAAAUCAGUGGAACUUUGGUGAUACACCAAGCUUCUGCGGAGGACAGUGGAACAUAUCUAUGUUCAGCGGUCAACGAACUUGGAGGAGACCAGUUGAACUUUACCGUCACCGUUUUUGGUAUGAUGGGGGAUAUCAAGCUUAAUUAUUUACCUGCCAGUCCGUACAUUACGAAUUGCCGUUUUUUCAUUUGUUUCAUGCAAUUUGAAAAUACGAAACUAGUACUGAAACGCCUAAGGACGCCAUAUAUGGUGCACUAAAUGAAGAGAUAUCCUGAAGAUUUAAUGGAUUUUCAUUUGAAAUAGAAAGUAGUUGAUCAUCAGAAAUCGUUCACAAAGUUAAUAAUGUAUCCAUAUAAAAACAUUUUCAUAUGUGAAUGGACUGAUCUUCCCGAAGGAAUAUGUUUUCUUUGAAGGAAAACGUUCCUACUUCCUUUUGACUUCGCGUAGCCUUGAAAAUGUUGGUAAUAUCCUUAUUGGCUCUUACAAGCUUGGGUUGGAACACAUUUCCUUACACACAGCAACGCGCUGUGCUUUCAUAUCCUCUUUUUUAAGGGAAGAUAAAUCCUGUCAUUUAUAGCAAAUAAACAGUCGUUUCCUCCUCUUUGAAAUGUGGGAUCUUCAAAUUCAUUUUUUUUUUUGUUUCCUCCGUUUUUGUUUUCAGAACCACCUGGGAUAUACGGGAGACGAAAGUUCCACGCCAAUGUGGACGAAAAAGCCAAGUUGAUUUGUGUGUCGCGCGGAAAUCCUGGUCCGUCUUUCUCAUGGACUUGGAGGGACAGGAAAAACAAAACUUUCAGUAUUACCCAGGGCGAGGAAAUCAAUGGAUACAGCAUGACAACGACAAGCGAUACUGCAACGAGUCAAAGCAUUCUUGAAAUAACCACGGUCAAAGAAGAGUCUUGGACAAUAUACACCUGCGUAGCUGUAAAUGCUUUAGGCCGAUCUUCGGCUAACAUUUCUUUGUCGGGAAAAAGUAAGUCCACGCUUUAUUGCGUGUAAUACAGAACGAUAAAGGUAAAAACAGCUUGUGGACCACAAGACCCAUCCAGCUGAAGCUUACACUCCGGUUUCAUUUCAUCACCAUGAAAUGACAUGGAGUAUUGUUACCUUCCCCAUCUUUUAUGGGACGCCAGUUCCAGGGGCUUCUCCCUCCCUCCCCUCCCCCCCCUGCCCCUCUCCGCAAUUUUGGGAGGGUAAACUAAAAUUAUUUUGACAACGUAUCAGAGUGAAACUAUUCACCCUCGUGAUUUUGAGGAUCAAGAAAGAUAAUCUUUUUCAAUUGAUCUGCUCUGUUGUUUCCCUUAUCUUCAUCUAUUUAUUCAUUCGUUCAUUUUUGUACAGCUCGUCCAGAAAGUCCAACAAUAAUCUCCGUGGAAACCACGGAUCGAGAAGCUUUGGUCACGUGGACAUUUAACGAUGAUGGUGGCCUGGAACUGAAGGCCUUGAUACUCCAGUACAGAAAGAGUUCACAGAAAGAUUGGAAUGAAAUCCAGAUUAAACCGCCUAACAAAAACAAAUAUACCAUCAUGUACCUCGACCCAGACACAAACUACAACUUCCGUAUCCUGGCAACCAACAGCCUAGGCACCAGUACUCCUAGUUCCACCUAUUUUGCCAACACCAAGAAAAAAGGUAAGAAGACGCCUUCCAGUAAAAAAAGCGUCCGAUUUCAAAUCUUCGUCAGCUUUGAAAUUGCUGUGACCAACCUGGUCAGUGAAGCAUUCACAUAUUGCAUUCAUUCCUCUAUCGCAUUCCUAUAUCGCUUUCACAUGACGUCACGGCGGCCAUUUUGAUCACUACAACAGUAGACUGAAGGCUCAACCAGCCCGGGUUCGAUUCUAGUAGCUCACGUCACGAGUCGGUUGAGGUUUUCCGGUUUUCCUUCUUCCACCAAAAGAAAUACUCCAAAUUAAAAUUACACCUGGAAAACAUUGAGGGAAGAGCCACCUUGGGAAUGUACAAAACCCAGCCACUUAAAAUUCCAUUUUCGAAUUUAACUUUGCAAGGAGGUCUGUUAUAUGGACUUUGUUUUUCUGUCAACUCAGUUAACUUUGAAUUUGUUUUGAUUCAUUUAUUAAGAAUCUUAAUUUUGUUUUCUCCUCCAGAAUCCAAUAAUGAAGCGCAGACCAGUAAAGGCUUCGCGGCACUCACUGAAAAUAUGACAGCAUUAGUGGGUGGGGUCGGGGGGGGUUUCCUGGCCAUCAUGUUUGGUAUCAUUGCAAUCUUCUGCUUCUUUAAGAAGAUGCACAAGAAUAACAGCCCAGGGGAUACGCCAUCGAACAGCCGGCCUACGAGCCAACAGGAACCAGCCGAAAUGACCGCGGUAAGAACCUCUUUAUGCUGUCCGAUGGACAGGCAGUUAGCGCAAGGCUCUGGGUCGAGAUGUCCUGGUUCGAUCCUUAGCCUCCCUCCGAUCAGGAGUAUAAAUGAACUACAAAAGAGGCCAGACGAAAUUCCAGGAGGGAGGGAAGAAGAUAACAUGCAAUGAACCAGCAUCCUACCCAGGGGGAGGGGGAGUUCUCCAUACCAAUUCAUAUUACGAGUAGAGACUCAACUUCACCUUGUUUUCUCGUUUAUCCUUCCAACUGUGUUCAACUCGAAUAGUAGGCAUCCAAGGGUUCACUCUUAAAUGCUUUUCUACGUCUUUUUCUUUAGUUAUUAAGCCAUAACAUUCCAAAUAUUCCCCUACCUCAACCAAAUGUGGAGCAAGGAGCUUCGGUGACUCAGUUAUCAAACAACCCCUGGGAAUUCCCGCGGAACAGAGUUGACUUGCAGUUGGUGCUGGGAUCGGGUGCAUUUGGCGUGGUUAUGAAAGCACAGGCACAGGGCAUCAAAGGAUGUGUGGGAAAAAUGCACGUUGCAGUGAAAAUUGUAAAAGGCAAGUAGAAGAGUGGAAAAUAUGUGUCUGAAAAUAAUUAACACAGGGAGCUCAUCCUUUGCGUCAAAAGUUAGCAAGAAAUCAGUAUCAGCGGUAGGUGAAGAUAAGAAAAGAAAAGGCCUGAACGAACGCAAGCGAUCGUCCUCGAUCGUCCAAGUGAUGAUGCAGUCGACGUCUAAACACAGACUGCUUAAAACUGUUAAAUUUCGAUGGGUUACGCCAAGAUCUGAGAAGUUUGCAGCCUUAAUGAGACAUCUCCCUCCUUCUUUGUCUACUAAAAAGUUCAUUCGUGCAAGUUUAGAAAAAGAAGUGCGAAGUUUAGAAUAUUGAAGAUUCAUUCUUUAACUUUAUUCUCUCUUGGUAAACCCAACAGACUCACCUAACUUACUGCAUUUAUUUUUUUUAUAGAAAGUGACAGUGAGACGGCUAGAAGAGAUCUGCUUGCGGAGCUGGAACUCCUCAAGCUCAUUGAGCCGCACCCAAAUGUUAUUGGCUUACUAGGAUGUUGCACAAGACAAGGUUAGUUUGACAUAAAAACCUCCUGCUAACUCCAUCAGCUUCCCUUCCACCUUAUCAAAUCUCUUGAACUACUUCACACCCUGUUUCUUCGCAUCAAGAGCUUUACUCAUAUGCCAUAGAAUGAUGCCUAUACUGAAUAUUACUUUCUGUUGACCUUACAGAGCCUUUGAUGGUUAUAGUGGAAUUCUGUGCUUAUGGCGAUCUUCAGAGUUAUUUGCGUCACUGCCGUGGUGUAGAAGAUAAAUAUUACCAAGAUUUGUACAAAGUUCCCAUUGAAAAACUCGGUUCCAGGGAUCUUUUGUCGUUUGCCAUACAGACUGCAAGAGGCAUGGCACAUCUUGCUGCCAUGAAGGUAUUAUUAUCUCUCCUCUCAGUUUCGUGAGUUAAAGUGAAAUAGCUUGCAGCUGAUUUCUGCGCUUGAAGAUCAAGAGUGAGCCAUGUUCACAUUAAUAUAUUCAAUUUGUCCGAGGAAGGGGGUGAGAGUAAAGUUGACCAGAAAUGUUAUUACCUAGAAUUCUACCGACUGUACCGAUCGCUUUCGUAGGUUGUUCACAGAGAUCUUGCGGCCAGAAACGUUCUUAUUGACGAACACAAAGUUUGUAAAGUGGCCGACUUUGGCUUCGCUAGGGACAUUUACGUAGAAAAUCACUACACAAGAAAAACGCAAGUGAGUAAUAUAUAGUAAGCAUUGUGAUCUAAUUUUGAACUCAUUGGCAUGCUGAUGAAUCCGUCAAUAAAUGAGGUAAAGUUUUCUUUUGAUCAGCCCUAGUAAGAGACAUUGUGGCUUAGUGUCCAGAGCGCCAAGGCCAGCUUCCGAGAGGUCUGAGUUUGGGGACGUCGAGUCCUAGCAGGGGCUCUGGAAAAAAGUAUCGUAAAAUCUUUCACCGUGCAAGAGGUUAAAAAAGACAUGAACGAGUACCUAGGGAAACUGAGAACUGGCUGGACUGUAACCUGCGCUGAAUCAGAUAACAAAUCGUUAUAAAAAUGCACAUGAAGUCUUAUAUGUGGACUUAAAUUGAGAAUUGAUGCAAAUUCCGAACAUUUUUAGCAGAAGGGUAUUUGCCUGAGAACUCACAACGCGAUAUGGGCGCUUUCUUCCUACCAGCUGUUGUUCCUUCGAUUUUGUUUUUUUGUUUUUUUUCAUCAAACGAACUCUCUAGAGUAGUCAAAGGCUAUGUUAUUUACUUAUUUUUUUAUUUGUUUUUAUAGGGAGGACGAUUUCCAAUUAAAUGGAUGGCCAUAGAGUCAUUGUUAGAUGGUGUAUCCACAACAAAAAGUGACGUGUAAGUAAAUUUUACGAAUGUGAUAACUUGACUGUCAUUGAAGGCAGCCCCUUUGUUGCAAUUUUCAAGAGUCGCACAUCAAGGUUUCUUUUCAUUAACUGUCCAAAGUAUUUCCAAAUAGACCGACUAAUGUAAACUUGGCAGAAGCGAUUGACUUUUCGCUUAAGAAAAUUUUUAAAAAUCAUCACAGCUGUUUUAGACUGAAUCUCGAGGUUGCCAACCUCAAAUCAUCGGAUUUCACAGUUAGGUGUGGUAGGCGAUAGACAAGCGCCCUGCAUACUGCAAGGUACAGUUUUGUUCUCUGUCAUGAUACGUGGACCUUUCCGUGCUCUGUUCAUACCUCGAAAGCGUUGUGUUAUCGUAUAUCAUGACAUCGAUGAUGGAGAAUUUUGAGCUAGGUCGUGGGACAAAUGUUGGCCAUUAUUCGGCGACCGUUGUUGAGCUAAGAUUUACUGUCCUCUCAACUUCUCUCCAAAUCGAAACCGUCUUUUUGUCUCACUCAGGUGGUCCUUUGGCGUCGUGCUCUGGGAAAUCGUCACGUUAGGUAAGAUUUCGCAGGCUUCUACUUUCAUCUUGACGGCAUUAGGUGGAACUUUAUCACCUGAAAUUCAAUCCAACAGCUCUAGCUAGCCAUUGAUAGAAAUUGAAGUAUUGAAUUAUUCCUUCAACAGGUGCAUCACCGUAUCCAGGCAUGAACUCACAGGAAGUGAUCAACUUUCUUCAAGAUUCAUAUAGGAUGGAUAGGCCUAAGCACUGCUCUGAAGAUUUGUAAGUGCCACCUUGUUCCCGACAAAGUCCUUAACCGGGGCUACGCGCAUUUCCUUCUAUUUUUUUUGCGCUAAAAUCGUCAGGUUGAAACGUUUGCUCCUCAAUGGGCGGCCGACUUGUAUAGUUUGGAAGAGAGAGAGAAUUCCAAUCACUGUUCCGCGAAUAGUUUAGAAAUAUCGCAUCACCCUCUCAACCAAUCACAUGAAAAGCUGAAAAAGUAGAGGCCUUUCGCAACUUACACACCUGCGGUUUCCCGCCGCCCACGGUUUCCCGUGCUUCAGGCAAUUCGCUUGUUUUUAUCAAUUAAUUUCUUAUUGUAAUAGUAAUCCACUGUGAUUACUCUUAUGACAGUCAAUCGAAAUGCACUCCAAUCAGACAACACAGGGAAAUAAUGCCUAAACCCAAAUUGCAUUCAUCCACGUAAUCUUUCAGCCAGAAAAAUGCUAUUUUAAACAGACAUUUCAAUGUCAAGGGGUAUACGCGACAGAAAAUAUUGGUGGGACAAUCAGAUAACUUUCGUGAAGACUACCUUUCUUUUUUUCUUUUUUCAAUUUCGCUCCCCAAACCUUACAUUUGUCGAUAAUCCCUCUAGAUACAUCCUUAUGAUGGAUUGCUGGCAAGUGGCCCCUCAGCGACGGCCAACAUUCGUAGAGCUGUCCCAGCACCUUAGUAAAAUGUUCAGCGAUGAAAAGGUAGGUUUAAUUCAUAAAAUUUCCUCUUACCAGUGUUGAUGUGAUUGUGAUCAUUAAAUCGCGCCGUAAGGGUAAUAACCUGCAUGUGAUGUUGUGAGAAAACCAGGAGGGCCUUAAACUCGUAUUGGACAAGUGGGCAACAUCUUGCGUCGGUUCCCACGCUGGUAAAUCAGUGUAAAGACCUGUAUACUGUUCAUUGCUUAAUUGCUCAGUCAAAAUUUUGGUGGCAUUGAAGCCUCUAAUUUUUGUCUUUUUGUCUUUUUCUCGAAUCGAUUGUGCAUUUGCUUUCUUCUUUGCCUAAACCCAAUUUACGACUUUUGUCCUUAUCAUUUCCUAGGAAUACGUAAACAUGGCUAUAUACGAAGACAAUUUGUACGUCAAUUUUGACGGCUCCUCCCUCACAGUGUAGCUACCUCAAGUCCACUGAUACCUGCACGUACAUAAUUAUUGAUUGAUUCCUGUCAAUCAUCUUUUCACUUGUCGUAGGAGUAUAUCGACAUGCGCAUGUACGAGGACCACUUGUACAUCAAUUUCGACAAGGCUUCUGGGACAUUGACAUCCAAAUCGGGAAGUACACAGAACCCGAGUGAAUCACCUUUGUGACGGAAGGAAAUAACCAAAUGUAUCACUUUCUUCACCUGUAAACGAACACUUCAGAAAAUCUUUACUACAACAAAAGAUCAUCGGAGGAAAGGCGUGUUUUUGAAAGUUACAGGCGGGCAUGAUGAAUGCUUUCUACCAUUCUACGGGGCUUGCCGACACUAGGAGAGUCAACGACGCAUGCACAAUUUUAAAUAAUAAUUUUGUCCUAAACGUUCAUCUCGUCGACAAUCAGGAACUUAGGAAAUUAGGCACAGCCACAACGCAGCCUAACUGACGUCUAUAUUAUUUCGAAACAAUUCGCUUGUCAAACAACAAUUGGAAGUCACUGCAACAUGUUUUUGUGAUUCAAAUUUUUCUUAGUCUAAAAAUUUUAAACCAGCUUGGUUCGCAUUUUCUUCGGUUUCAUUUUGGUUAUGAAAACGCGUGAUGAUAAACUCAAAUUUAAAAAGUCUUUCACGAAAAAAAUUUUAAAUCGCAGGAGAGCCUUCAUUAGUCUUAAGGUAGUUUCUGUAAGGGGUAUAAACAAAAGUCGCCUUGUUGUUUCCAGAGUUUUGGAUAGCGUGCCCAUUUUAAUAUCACACACUAUUACAUAGAUUCCGUCACUGAUUUUGUCAAAGUUAAACUUGCUUUAAAUCAAAUAUUUGUAACAAAGCUUUUGGGAAUACGUAAAUAUGGAAGAUAUACAAAGCAAAGGAAUAGUUGUGUUUAUUUAAGACAGAAGCUAAAUAGUUAUCAGGGGCUGUUAAUUAACAAGUACGGCGCCUCCGAAAAGUAGUCAAAGCGGAAGUGUAUGCUACAAGUCAGUUGUGGAGAUGUUUACCUUGAGUGUAUUUGAUCCAUGAGGGAUCUAUAAACUAGAGUAACGUUGUUCACUGUCGCGUUUUAGCGACGAGACAUCAAGUUUGUCUCAUUUGACAGCAACAAAUGUUCACAAGGAAAACAAAUUUAAUUGUAAGAAUACUCGACGAGCAAUGGAGGUUCAUUCAAAAUUUGAUUACCACUGACUACAAAUUUAGGAGGACAUUUGAAAUUUAGGGUUUUCAUUGGUCAGUUUUGUUGACUGAGAAAAACGUUUUAUGAAGACUCAGCUCAAUAAAGUCAUUGCAUCAUUUAUGAUAAACUAUUGUCAAGGUUCAACGCUUAAAUUCCCAACCUCGUUCCCAGGCUAUAUGUUGCUCGGUUGACCAAUUGCCAAACAUAAGUACGGGAAAGCUCGAUCCGUGGUCUUUGUUUUUUCU